AUGACAGGCACUGCUGCCAUAUAUGCCAAAAUUAACACUGCUUGCCCCUCAAUAAAAGAGAGAGGAAACUAUUUCGUCGCGGUUGAUUGGGAAGAAUACAUGGUAUUUUCUCUGUAUUUUUCUCCCAACAAAACUUUCGUCGAGUUUGAAACAUUUAUGAAUGAGAUACAAGUAGCUGUUAGACGAGUUGCACCCCGCCCAGUGAUAAUGGGUGGCGAUUUUAAUGCCAAAAAUACGGCCUGGGGCUCACUAACCUCCGACCCUCGAGGUAGGCUGGUGGAGGAUUGGGCCACAGAGUUGGGAUUGGUUCUUCUCUACCGUGGAUCUGCAUUUACGUGCAUACGUCCACAGGGGGAGUCAAUCGUGGAUCUCUCCUUUGCAAGUUACACUGUUUCUGGAUCUAUUCCCGACUUGCGGGUUGAAGAGGAGGUAGAGACUUUAUCCGAUCAUUUUGAUGCGAUAAGAAGGAUCUGCGAUGCCUGUAUGCCUCAAGUCGUCGGCAAGUACGAAAAAAAGCAGGUGUAUUGGUGGACAACCAAAAUCGCAGUUCUUCGCAAAGAAUGCAUAACUGCUCGUCGAGAAUCUCAGCAACAGAGACGAAGACGCCCUAGAAAUGAAGAUUUAGAAAACCAGCUGCGGGAGAUAUAUUGCAAAGCGAAGAAAGCCCUGAAAUCUGCUAUAUGCCGAGCCAAAGAAUCUGCCUGGAUGGAACUCACUACGGGGCUGGAUCUUGACCGAUGGGGUCACCCAUACCGGCCAGCGAGGGGCAAAGUAGCACAAAGCCAGCCAAUUUAUAAUCCAUGCCAACGGAUCGUCUAA